GGCGGGGGCGGGGCUUCGGCGUCCGGGCGGCCCAGGCCUCGCGCGCGCUUCCUAGUGUCCCCCGCAGAGGGCGCCGGCCUUGAGCCCCGCGUCGCCAGUCGCCGUCCCGCCGCCGCCAUGAAGGCCGUGGUGCAGCGCGUCACCCGGGCCAGCGUCACAGUUGGAGGCGAGCAGGUGAGCGCCAUCGGCCGGGGCCUCUGUGUGCUGCUGGGCAUCUCCCUGGAGGACUCACAGAAGGAGGUGGAACACAUGGUCCGGAAGAUCCUGAACCUGCGAGUGUUUGAGGAUGACAGUGGCAAGCACUGGUCCAAGAGCGUGAUGGACAAGCAGUUCGAGGUGCUGUGUGUCAGCCAGUUCACCCUGCAGUGUGUCCUCAAGGGCAGCAAGCCUGAUUUCCACCUGGCCAUGCCCGCUGAGCAGGCUGAGGGCUUCUACAACAGCUUCCUGGAGCAGCUGCGCAAGACCUACCGGCCCGAGCUCAUCAAAGAUGGCAAGUUCGGCGCCUACAUGCAGGUGCACAUUCAAAACGAUGGACCUGUGACCAUAGAACUGGAGUCCCCGGCUCCCAGUGCUGCCAUCUCUGACCCAAAGCAGCUGUCGAAAUUGGAGAAGCAGCAGCAGAGGAAAGAGAAGAUCAGAGCCAAGGGGCCCUCGGAAUCCAGCAAGGAGCGCACUGCCCCCCGGAAGGAAGACUGCAGCGCCAGCAGUGGGGCGGAGGGGUAUGAGAGGCCUGAAGAGGCAGAAGAACACAGAAUGAGAAACCACCCUAUCUGGGACCUGUUUGUCUUUGAAAAUGAGUCAGAAACCACCACGGCUCAGAGGCCAUCCGGAUAAUCAUCAUCUUCUGAUCAUGUUAGCAUUGCCACUGGGCAGAACUGGAUUCCGAAAAACUCAAGAAGUCGAGCGCCUACACUGCUUUAAGGACUGGGAACUGGAACACAGAGCUUAGAACCUGAGAGCCCGAGGAGCCCUGUGGAAGCACCAAAGGACCCCGCACUUCCCACAGCUGCCGUGGCUGGAGGUUAAUCCAGGGUGGGAUGUGUGGAGGGGGCUCCCCUGGCUCCCACUGAUGGCCUCCCUGGCUUGCAGUGUGUCUUGGUGUGACUUCAGAACAAGCCAGCCCACCAUUGCCUGUCAUCGCGUCCCCUGUGGUGUGCUCUGCGUGUCCAAGGUGGCCUCCAACACACCCUCGCUGCCCACAUCCCUCCCAUAUGGUGCAGCCAGGGCCCUGGCAGGCACGAGGAGAGCAGUCCUCAGCAUUCCUGUGUCACGCGAGACCUUUGUUUGCAUCUUGUAAAUUUUCUCUUUUUUCUAAAAAUAAAUAAUAAAACCCUAAA